UGAUUUUCACUGUUGUUUGUACUUAGAGAAUAAACUAGUUCUGCUGCUUGUUUCACAUUGACAGUCACUUUACUGUCUCUGAAUCCAGAUAAGAGCAGUAAUUCUUCUACUCCAACGUGCAUGUUAGAGUUAAGGGGUCACAAUGGAGCCUGUAUUCAACAGUAUGAAGCUAAAGGUGGCCGUGCUGUGGAUUCUUACAACUCUGCUGAAGACAAAUGUGAUGGAGGCGCUGGACAUAACAUCCUCAGGGCCACAAACCAUUCAAAAGCCCCUGGGUGUGACAGUCACCCUGGGGUGCACCUACACCCCCAGCCCCCAAGACACUGGUGACUUGGACAUCGAGUGGUCCGACCUCAGCCCGGACAUGACGCAGAAAGACCAACUGAUGAUGUCCUAUACAGGGGGUCAAACGCACUACUAUGGCGACCCCAGCAACUCCAAAAGGAUCCGCUUCAUAGGGGACCCCAAGGUGGGGGACGCCUCCGUCUCCAUCUCGAACGUGUUGCCCUCAGACACAGGCACCUACCAGUGUAAAGUCAAGAAAGCGCCGGGUGUGGACACACUGAAAGUCACACUGGUGGUAAUGGUUCCCCCCUCAGUGCCAAAGUGUUGGGUUGAUGGUGGAGAGGAGAAAGGGGGUCCUGUCUCCCUCCGCUGUGCAGAUUCUCGAGGAUCCAGCCCUCUCACUUAUACGUGGACGAGAGAGAGCGGGGGUGCAAUACCAGUCGAUUCAACCCAAAACCAGCAGUCUGGGGAGCUGUUGAUAAGAAACCACACAGAAAACAACGUUGGAACUUAUGUGUGUGAGGUGAAAAACGCUGUGGGCAAGGAACAGUGUAAAUAUGAGCUGCAUGCAUACAACCCAACCAAUAAGGCGGGUGUGAUAGCCGGGGCGGUGAUCGGGGCUCUGCUGCUGCUGCUGCUCCUGCUGCUUCUCAUCUGGCUCCUGAUCUGCUGCUGCCACAAGCGCCGCUAUGAGAAGGAGGUGGCCAAUGAAAUAAGGGAGGACGUCCAUGCCCCAGACAGCCGACCCACCAGCAGGAACUCCAGCUUACGCUCAGUCCUGGGGUACCGCACUCACCCCGGGGUGAUCUACAGCUCCGUGAGGAGCCACCUGCCCAGAAGCAGUGCACCACCGGCCACUGCAGGAAACAAAUCUGCUCAGCUCCAGUACGACCAUAAAUACGGGUAUCCUGUGUAGCUUCACAAACUUCCUGUCUUUGGUAGAAAGCUGAAGAAGAGACUUGUAAAGAUUAUUAAUGUGUCUUGUAAUGAAUGUACAGUAGGUCUGUGACAAAUUGUGCAAUACAAUAUAUUUAACUGGAGAACAAUGGGAGUGUUGGUAUACAGCUACUGGGUACUCUUGCCUCAGCCUUUCGACAAAUAUAAAUCUGCAACUGGUUGGACUUUCAUGCUGAUCUGAUUUUACGCACAACAACACAAAUGUAAAAGCCCCUAACACCUCAAUUAGACAAGCAUCCAUAUUUUAGCGGUGAUUGACUUCAAUGGGUUUUCCCAAAUGAAAGCUCACUUGGCCACAGUGUCUAACUCUGCGUUUUUCAUUGUCGACACAUGUGGCUUUGUAGUUGUGUGAUGGCUUUUACAUUCGUGUUUUGCGUCAGUGCACUUGUGUGAGAAGUCUCGGCCAUUGCCUUUGUAAAUAAGAAUAGUUCUCAUAAUUCAAAGUCAUUGUUACACUGAUUAUUAAUUAAGCUAAAGCUGUUGUGAAUGUACACAUUAAGAAACUUGUAUUAUUUUUUUUCUAUCAUGCUGAUGAAGCUCAAUUUGUUGAGCACUUUUUUAAAUAGGAUAAAUAAGAACAAAACUCAGUAGAACAAGGUUUGAAAGAUGCAGGAUGUGAGAGCUGUUAAAACUUUUUUUAGCCUCAUAAUAAAAUCAUACGAUUUGUUUUGACAUGCAAAAUAAAGACAAAAGACAAUUAUCAAUGUGAUCAAAUACGACUUAAUUAAAGAGGAUCUAAAAGUAGUAAACUGGAUACUGACGGAGAUGUUACUGAUCAUAACAAAUUUCUGAGCUAGAGUCAGAAUCCUGGCAGGCGCUGAAGUAAAUUUUUCAUGUGAUUUUCAUUCUUGUGUGAAUUUUCCCUCUGGAAGUUUUCUGCCGAACAAAUUGCUGUGAACUUGCUAUGUUUGCGUUGUGUGUUUGCAGCCGGUAAACUAGUCAUCGGACUAACAGCUGGUAGUUCAGUCACUAACCAGCACAGGGGCUGCAGCCUCGCCACGCUUCAAAAGAGCCUGCGUUGGCCUGAGUCCCUCUUCAAACUGUGUGUUGAAUUAAUAAGAGCUGCUGGGAGGGGUUAAGGUUGAUGGGCCUCCAGUGAUAAGGUUCGGCCCAGGACCUUUAUUAAGGGAAGGGGCCGGUCGAGGGUGGGCAUUUAUUCGGAAACAGUGUUAAUAUUUCAUAGGAUUACAAAUAAUAAGAAUCAUCAAGGUUUUAAAUAUUUCACUUGCAUGCUUCUCUUUUAAAGUAGCUUUACUUUAGAGCCACACAACCAAACACACACGACACUCACAAGUACUGUAUCUGCAUGUCAACAUCUGUAUCUGUCUCAUUGCUCAAUUCAAUCCCAAGCCUUUAUUUCCACUGUUUUUAUUCUACAUUGGACAUUUUUUUGUAAUCGGUCCAGUCUAGCAUGUGUUCUACUGUUGAAUGUGAAAUAAAAGUGUUUGUAAUACCA